CCUCGCUCUCCGGCCAGUCACACUACACUCCUCGCGCCGCAUCCAUCCUUCCGUUCCCUCUCGAUCUCUCUGCUGUCUCGCGGGUCGCAGAUCCCGGUCGAGCAAGAAGCAAGCCGGCGCCAGCGGCCAGCGCAGCAGAGGGGGUGUGAUCGACGACGAUGGCGGGCAGCACGCGCGCGGCGCACAAGGCGUUCCUGCUGAUCAACUACACGCUGCUGGGUGCGGCGUCGGCGUGCAUCUUCCUGACGCUGUCGCUGCGCCUGGCGCCCUCCGCGUGCGGCCUGCUCCUCGUCUUCCUCCACGCGCUCACCGCCGUCUUCGCCGCCGCGGGCUGCUCGGGCUCCUUCACCGAGGGCGGCGCAGGGCGCGCGCACGCCGCGCACACCGCGGGGGCCGUGCUCACCGCCAUCUUCCAGGGCGCCGCCGCGCUGCUCGCCUUCACACGGACCGCCGACUUCCUCGCCGAGCUGCGGUCCUACGUCCGGGAGGAGGACGGCGAGGUCAUACUCAAGCUCAUCGGCGGGCUCGGCACCGCCAUCUUCGUGCUCGAGUGGGCCGCGCUGGCGCUCGCGUUCGCGCUCCGCCUUGACGACGAUGGCGGCGAGGAGAUUGACGGCGAGCACUGCAAGAGCUGGGCGUCAGGGUACCAUGUCUGAUUCUGCUCUGAUCAGGCACCGGAGACUUACAGUCACAGAAAUCAGAAAUGAGGGAUUUUUUUUCUCUUCUAUUAAUUACAGCUGUGGAUCUAUUCCGCUGUUGUUACUGUGGUCAUGAACCAAGUGCAAAGGCAAAUGUUUUGCUUUGCACUGUAUUCAAUUCAUCUGUUAUAAAUUGCAAUAAAAAAAUAUUCAUUCAGUAA